AUGGAGGUUCCCACUAUUUCCAAAUAUGCCGUUCUCAUGCGCAACACAAAAGUGCGUCUUCACCAAAGUCCCGACAUACCAAUAGCAGAUGAUGCCAAAGAAGCUGCAAACGAAAUCAAUAUCAAUGCUGGUGCACUUAUUAAAAUAUUUCAAUCAAAAACUCCCACCAGCAGUAAUCAAGGCUCGAAGAAUUUAACUAGUACUAUUCAAGUACUUGAUCUGAUCAAUCAUAUGCCUAUCUAUGAAAACCUUUACGAGUGUCCCCAGGCGAAUUUGCGACGUGUGGACGAAAAUCUUUGGCCUUUUAUUAUCAGCAUAGUUGAUCCUGAACAGCGUUUACGAAUGCUGCAAGAUGUAAAUCAUUGCAAGUGGGUGGUGUAUUUAGAUAAAAAUGAAUUUGUCAGUGUUGCGGGCGAAAUGUUUAAUAAACCCGGUACAAAUUUCGAUUGUAUUAUACGUUAUAUAGGACCCGUUAUGGAAUUACAUUCUGUUGGUUACUUUUUUGGCUUGGAAAUAUUGGAUUUAAGCAGUGGCUAUUCACCUCAAGCGGAUAAAGUACAAUUCGCUAAUAACUACAUGGAAUGUGAUCCCACGUUGUCUAUAUUCACCACAGCUAACUGGAUUACGCCAAUAUCCAAAGACCAACAAAAGAAAUUUUCCGCACGAGACUUAAUAAAUGGUACAAUAGAAAAGUUUAAAUCAGCAAUUGGUCCCAGUAGUUCUCUAACGGGUAUUGUAGGCAGCAACACAUCAUCGCUGAAAAGAGAUAAGAAAGCCAAAAAACAUAAACCAUCAGCACAGUUUUAUGAUAAAGUAGAAGACACCACAGACAGUUGCGUCUAUAAUAAUAACAACGACAAUAACAACAAAAUGGAACGCAGUAAAAAAGAAUCAUCGAAUGUCAUGUCGCUAAGUAGCGAAGAAUUCAAACAGUCUAUAGAAAAUCGUGAAAAAAGUUUAGAACGCCGUGCCACCACCACCAAUACGGUACAGACGCAAACACAACCACAGAGUGGUAUUUUAAAAAAUAAACACAAAGAUCAAACGAAAUCCACAGCUGCCAGUGGUCCGGAAAUUGUGGUCAUUGACAAUGCCGACAUUGAUGAGUCGAAACGUCAAGAAGUUAUUGUCAUCGAUAAGGAACGUCAUGAGCAAGUCGAUUUAUUUGAAAUACUUGGCAGUGAUUGGCCAACAACUGCUGGUGAUGCGGCUGCAAUAUUGAAUAAACAAAAAUUACAAAAUGUCAACACCUCUGGCAGUACUGGUGGUGUCACUGCAACUGGUAAUAAUAUCGGUACUUCUAGUAAAAGUAAUCGCAAUAAAUCAUCUAAUCCAUUGACACACUUAGCUGGCAAUAAUGCAAAAAAGACAAAUGAUUCCAUUUCGCCAAAUAAUAAGAAUGUCGACAAUAAGAAAAAGCCUCAUAACCACAACCACCCCAUACAGGAAAAAUAUGAUCAAAUUGAUAAACAACAACAACCCUUGUAUGCUAAUACACCUUCCAAUCAAAUUGAUACAGAUUCAGCAUAUGAUCCUGAAUUUUUACCAGCUGUUUUGGAUAGUAGUGACUUUAUGCAAGUGACAUCUUUACAAGAGGUGCCCAGCACUGAUUUAGGUUUGGGUUCCAUGGUCGAGGUGAAUGUACCCGAGUCAAAUGAACAUUUAUAUGGUGUUAUUCGUUGGAUUGGCAUACCGCCUGGCAAUAACAACAUUUUAAUUGGUGUCGAAUUGGAAGAUGACUGCAUUGACAAACAACUUAUAACAACAGAUGGUGGAUUUAAUGGUAUUCCUUUGUUUAAGUGUCCAGUUGGUCGUGGUAUUUUUGUUAAUAGUGAUCAGUGUUCGAUUGACAGACGAUUUUUAGGAGCAGAUGGUGGAGCUAUUGGCAAUGGCAUAAGUGAGACGAACGACAAUAAAACAAAAACGACUAAUGGUUUUCAUAAUGAAGAGCAGAGUUUUGGACAUAUGGACUGUCCCAUUGUAUCGGGAGCGGUGGCACCUAUAAAAUGUUCCAGUCUGAAUGAAUUAGAAGAGCUAUGCGGUAAAUUUAAAGGCAUACAAGGUCACCACAAUUCUUGUUAUUUAGAUGUGACACUAUUUUCCAUGUUUGCUUUUACACCAGUAUUCGAUGCUAUACUGUACCGGCCACCAGAAAAAGAUGACAUUUUACAUUACACCGAAGUGCAAACAGUCUUACGUGAAGAGAUUGUGAAUCCUUUGCGAAAACAUAUGUUUGUUAGAGCUGAUCGUGUUAUGAAAUUACGACAAUUAUUGGAUAAGUUAAGUUCGGUUAGUGGUUUGACGAGCGAAGAAAAAGAUCCAGAAGAAUUUCUAAAUUGUUUAUUAUCACAGAUAAUGAGAGCCGAACCAUUUCUUAAGCUUAACUCUGGCCAGGAUGCCUACUAUUACCAGUUGUUUGUCGAGAAAGAUGAACGUUUAUCAUUUCCCAGUGUUCAGCAGUUGUUCGAACAAAGUUUUUAUUCAUCCGAUAUUAAAUUAAAGGAAGUGCCAUCGUGUCUUAUAAUACAAAUGCCACGAUUUGGCAAAAGCUUUAAAAUGUAUCCGCGUAUAUUGCCUUCACAAGUGUUGGAUGUUACCGAUAUUAUUGACGAUUCACCUCGUCAAUGUUCUGUUUGUGGCAAAUUGGCGGAGUUUGAAUGUCGUGAUUGUUUUGGUGUCUUACAGAAUGGCAUUGGCUUAGAGAGUACAUCAUUUUGUCCCAAAUGCCUGGAAACUGUGCAUAUGCAUGCUAAGCGCUCCAAUCAUAAACAUCGCAAAUUAUCUGUGCCACAAGAUUUUCGCGUUAUGAGUUCAGCCACAACGUACAUGAACGUACCACGUUUGUAUAUGGAAUUAUUCGCAGUGGUUUGCAUUGAAACCUCACAUUAUGUUACAUUCGUUAAGGCUGGUUCCGGUCCCGAUGCACCCUGGUGUUUCUUUGAUUCCAUGGCAGAUCGAAAAGGUGAACAAAAUGGUUAUAAUAUUCCAAAAAUGAUAACCGUACCCGAUUUACCGCAAUGGCUGUCAGAGGAUGGUGCACGUACAGUUAAUGAAACUUCUUCCAAUGAUAAAAUGUUACCAGAGCAUGCCAAGCGUUUGUUUUGUGAUGCAUACAUGUGUAUGUAUCAAAGUACAGAUGUCAUGAUGUAUCGUUAAUUUAUUUUCGUUUUUUUUGUUGUUUUUAUACUAAUCUGUUAAAAAGUUAAGUUUUCAUUUAUGUUUUUUAGUUUAAAAAACUGUCUUUUAAUAUCUUUUUGUUAAAGAUGCAAAUACAUUUUUAGUCUGGUUAAUCUUCUUAUUGUAUUUAUAAUUUAAUAAAAUAUGCAAUUAAUUUUGUUUAAUAUAAAUAACAA